GCGGGAAUGUAUUCACAUAUGUACUAAUUAUAGCUCGUCAAUACAUAAACCAAGGCUUCCACAUCCAUCGAAACUGUCAAGAGCAACACCGAAGCAGUCUACGCACCUUAUAGAUUCCUAAAACACAGAUCAAAACGAAAAUGAUUACAGUGGCUGUUGCAGGCGGAACCUCUCCCGGCCUCGGCCGUUCGAUCCUCGAAGCCCUCAAGGAACAUCCCAAUGAGAUUAAACCCGUCGUCCUCUCGCGACAUGCAUCCACCACGCCGCAAUGGCUCAUCGAUCUCGACAUUGAGGUGCGCAAAGUAGACUACGGGUCCGAAGACGCUCUUGUAGAAGCUUUGCAAGGCGUGAACACGGUUCUCUGCACCCUCCUCGUCCGCGACGGCACCUGGGACUCGACGCAGAUUCGCCUCCUCAACGCCUCCCUCCGAGCAGGCGUAUCGCGCUUCGCGCCCGCAGAAUGGGGUCCCGGACCAUUAGCCGCACACCGGAUCUCGAUGCUGGCACCGCAACUCAGCGUCCGGGAAGCCUGUGGCUCCGUCCAGCAACAGCAUCCUUCGACUUUUGAAUUCGCGUGUUUCCGCCUCGGGGCGUUUAUGAAUUAUCUCGGGCACGGGGCUCCCGAUGAGCAAGAUGCGUUGCACGGGUUCAACGACAAUUGGGAGAAUUGUUGGUGGCAUGUUAAGGAGAUGAAGGCGGAGAUUCCGUUGACGAAGGAGGGGAAGGUGCCGAAGUGCACAUUGACGGAGAUCCGAGACGUAGGAAGAUUUGCCGCGGCGGCUUGUUUGUUGCCUUUUGGCUCUUGGAAGGAGGAUUUUAGCAUGGUCGGAGAGACGGUGGACAUGGAUGAGGUGGUUAGGAUUGCCGAAGAAGUGAGAGGGAGAAAGAUGGACGUUGUGUAUAGGGAGUUUAAGACUGUGGUGAAGGAGAAGGAGGAGGAGGGGCAUUUUUAUAGGAAGUUUUGGUAUGAGCUGGAGGAGAUGAUGGCGAGGGAGGAAGUGGGAGAGAGUGUGUUGGAACCGGUGCUGAAUCAAUUAUGCCCGGAUGUGAGGCCCAUAGGAGUGAAGGAGUACGUGAGGAAGUACUGGGGAUCUGAUGCAGCGAACAAAUAA